AUGAAAUUCUGUUUUACCAGAGAAUCAUCAACUAUGGAGACAGCCAAAGUUUUAGAAUGGGGUGAUUACCUGGUUAUCACACUAACAAUAGCUAUUAGUGUUGGAAUCGGAAUUUAUUAUCGGUUUGCCGGAGAUAGACAAAAAACAUCCGAGGAAUAUUUUUCAGCAAACAGAUCAAUGGGACCGAUAGCAAUUGGUAUUUGCUUAAUGGUAUCGUUUAUGUCUGCAAUAACACUUCUAGGAAUGUCUGCUGAAAGUUACGAUUAUGGAACUCACUUCAUUAUUAUUAAUAUUAAUUACAUUAUAUCUACACCAAUAAUUUGCUAUGCAUUUUUGCCGGUGUUUUAUAAAUUACAGGCGACAAGUACUUAUGAGUACUUAGAAAAACGUUUUGGAAUACACGCAAGAUUAUUGGCAAGCUUCGUUGUAUGGCUCCAAAUGUUAUUGUACUCAGGUGUUGUACUCUACGCACCGGCAUUGGCUUUUGAAACAACAACUGGCUUAACAAGGAUGACAAGUAUUCUAUCAGUUGGAUUAACUUGCGCUUUUUAUUCAAGUAUCGGAGGGAUAAAGGCUGUAUUAAUAACAGAUAUUUUCCAAGCGGUUUUGAUGUUUGCUUCGUUAAUCGGUGUAAUUGCCGUAGCUACUUAUUCAGCUGGUGGCCUCGGUGCAAUAUUUGAGAUUGCAAAUCAAGGAGGUCGAAUAGAUUUGUUAAACUUCUCUAUUGAUCCUACUGAACGUCACACGUGGUGGACUCAAAUAAUAGGAGGGAUGUGUACAUUUUUAUCACUUUACGCGGUAAACCAAAUUCAAGUUCAACGAUUUUUAACAGUCAGGAGUUUAAAAAAAGCACAACUAGCAAUGUGGUUUUGUUUACCUAUUCUCAUAACUCUUAAUUUAGCAACGAGUUUAUCUGGAUUAGCUAUUUAUUCAAAGUAUUUUAAAUGCGAUCCAAAAACUGCCAAAAAAAUAGAUAAAUCAGAUAUGUUACUGCCAUACUAUGUUAUGGACGCAAUGUCUGCGAUACCGGGCUUAUCUGGUUUAAUUGUUGCCGGUGUAUUUAGCGCAGGAUUAAGUACCAUAUCAGCAGCAUUAAAUUCUCUCGCCGCUGUUACUUUAGAAGAUUAUGUAAAACCAUUAUACUCAAAAUGUACAAAGAAACAAUUGUCACCGUCAACAUCAUUGUUAUUGGGAAAAUUUUUGGCAUUCAUUACUGGAUUUUUAUGUAUAGCUCUUGCUGUGAUUGCUCAACAUUUCAAAAAUAUUCUUCAAUCAGCAAAUCAACGCGGUGCUGUCCUUGGUACAGCACUAUCCCUUAUGUUUUCACUAUGGAUGUCAUUUGGUAGUCCACGUCCAGCUGCGCAGGGACUACCUCUUUCUAUUGAAGGCUGCAGCAAUGAAACGCUGUCUUUUCUUUAUAAAAAACUCGAAAUGGAACAUAUAACACUACAAGAAUAUUUACAUCCUCCUAUUCCCGACAAAUCUCAAUUUUUGUAUCUUUACCGAAUCUCUUACAUGUGGACAGGACCGAUUGGUUUUUUCAUAACUAUUGUCAUAGGUUUGGUCACCAGUAAAUUGUCGGAAUGCUUCGGACUAGAGAGUCCGAAAAAUAUCAACCCAGAUCUCUUCUUCCCUUUCAUAGCCAAGCGCAUUCGUAAGAGGCUUCAGACUGAUAACGGAGUGACUGCAUAUAAAUAUGAAUUUGAAAAUAAAACGCGAUGUAAUACUGCUACCACGCACAUAUAUAGACGAACCGGAAAAAUGGUGCUGCGACUACUUAUCCUCAUUAUCGCAUUAUCAACUUCAUCAGCCGAGCAGCGAAGACAAUUAUCAGCCGAUGAAGAAAAGUGCAAUGAAGAAAAUCCUGGUUUACGAAAUGGAUUUUCCUGGAUUGAUUAUUUAGUACUCGCAAUAAUGUUGUUAGUAUCAUGUUUAAUUGGUACAUUUUAUGGUUUUUUUUCAAAAAAACAAAAAACAAGUAAGGACUUUUUACUCGGUGGUUCAAAUAUUGGUACAAUACCAAUGGCGAUGUCUUUGGCGGCUAGUUUUAUAACUGCCAUUGAAUUACUGGGGAAUCCUGCUGAAAUGUACAGUCAUGGUACACAAUUUUGGAUGACUUGUGUUGCGUUCGUCCUUGUCGUACCAAUAACAUCAAAACUCUACUUGCCUGUGUUCAUGAAAUUGAGAUUAACUUCGACGUAUGAAUACCUGAAUUUGCGAUUUAAUCGCCACUGUAGAUUAUUUGCAAGUGGAUUGUACAUGUUACAAAUGAUUUUGUAUUCAUCGGUAGCAGUUUAUGCGCCAGCAUUAGCUUUAAGUCACGUUACUGGCUUGGAUACUUAUCUUGCUGUGGCUCUAGUCUACGUAGUUUGUAUCUUCUAUGCAUCACAAGGUGGAAUGAAGGCUGUUAUAAUGACAGAUACUUUUCAAGGAAUUGUCCUACUGAUCUCCCUCUUUGUUGUCGUAAGCAUGGGGAUGACUUUACAGGGUGGAAUAUCUAAAGUCUGGCAGGAUAAUUUGGAAACAGACAGGAUUGAAUUUUUCAAUCUUGAUCCACGUCCUACUAUUAGACACAGCUUCUGGAGUGUUGUCAUCGGUGGUACAUUCUACUGGGUGACUAUUAUUAAUUUUCUCACCGGCAUGAUACUGUACAGUGCAAAUAAAGGUUGCGAUCCAUUAAACGCUGGAUACAUUACCGGUCAGGAUCAACUACUACCGCUUUAUGUUAUGAAUUUUUUGGGUGAUUAUCCAGGAAUACCUGGACUCUUUGUUGCUGGAAUUUUUGCAGCUUCUCUUGGUACCGUAGCAAGUGCUCUUAAUUCACUGGCUGCAAUAACAUGUGAAGAUAUAUUUCAAGGAAUAAUGAAUAUGCAAGUUGCCUUGUCAUUUAAUGGUAUGGUUGGUGGUGUCACACUCGGAAUGUUUUCGUUGGGAAUGUUUGUACCAUGGGCAAAUGCAAAAGGCGCAUUAACUGGCGCAAUUACCGCUUUUUUACUUGUGCUAUGGAUUGGUUUAGGCGCACAAAUAGCAACUUUCAAUGGCUUGAUAAAUGUUGAAAACAAAGAAGUAUCUGUUGAUUAUUGUCCUUGUAUCAAUGAAACCCUUUACGAUCAAAAUAUUAGUGACGAUUAUUAUGAAAAUAAUGAAGUCUGGUCCCUAUAUAAAAUAAGUUAUUUAUGGUACAGCAUGAUUGGAUGCUGCGUAACAGUAUUGAUUGGAAGUCUUGUCAGUUUUAUGACAGAGCCCCAAGACGUUGCUGCAUUGGAUAAAAAUUUACUGAGUCCAGUAACUAAAUACUUUAUCGGUAAUUCACCUUCAACACCAAUAAAAAAUAUAUCAUCAAACAAUAAUAAUAUUCAGGGUAUUACUAAUUUAGCCCUAGAAUUGGAAGAUGAAAAAUUCAACCAAGCGGUUAACAAGAGUCCAAAAUAG